AUGCAACAACGACAAUUGAUUAUUUUUGUUUUGUUCAUUACAGUUACGUACGGAACACAGAUCAAUUAUUUUGAGCCUGAAGCAAUUUCAUCAAUUCUUCCAGAUCCAAUCACUAUUUUUGCUAAUUUAAUUCAAUUAUGGACUAAUGUAACAGAUUGUCCAUCACCAUCUUGUCAAUGUCAAGUAAUAGCUAAUGUCACUAGUGAUCAUGAUGUUUAUCCUGUAAAAUUUUUGUCUGACAAGCCAAAUAUAGGCGCUGCUGACGUUGAUGAUCUUCAACCAGAUACAUUAUAUUCAUUUACUUUAAGCUGUAUUGGAAGUAAUGAGACAAUCACACGUUACAAUCGUACAGAUUAUGGUCGUCCAUCAGCACCACAAAAUAUUACAGUUAUACUAAACUCUAAACGUCUCACAUUAUUCUGGUCACCUCCGUUAAAACCAGCUGGACCCGUUAAUAAUUAUAGAUUAAUUAUUGAUCAAUCUCCAGCUAUAGAUAAUAUACCAAACAGUCAAUUCUCUUAUAAUAUGAAAGAAGAUUAUAUUUAUGGACAAAAACAUGUAUUUUAUCUGCUAGCUUGUAAUAUAAAUCGUCAAAAUAUAUCAGAAUGUUCAAAUCCAAAUGAUGGUGAAACUAGUUUUAUUAUGUCAAUGACAACGACAUCUACACAAGUAACAAAUACACCAAAGAACGCCUCAUUGAAUUUUGAAAGAUUAUGGAGUAAUGUGACAGAUUGUCCACCACCAUCUUGCGACUGUGAAGUAAGAAGUAAUUCCACCGAUGACAAUGAUAAUGAUGCUUUUCCUAUAGAAUUUAUGUCUAAUAAGCCAAAUAUAGGCUCUGCUGACGUUGGUGAUCUUCAACCAGAUACAUUAUAUUCAUUUACUUUAAGCUGUAUUGAAAGUAAUGAGACAAUCACACGUUAUAUUCGAACAGAUAAUGGAUAUCCAUCAGCACCGCAAAAUAUUACAGUGCAAUUAAAUUCUAAACAUCUCACUUUAUUCUGGUCAUUUCCGUUAUUACCAGCUGGAUCAAUUAAUCAUUAUAAAUUAAUUUUAAAUAGACAAGUGCUACGUAAUAAUAUAUCGAACAGUCAAUUCUCUUAUAAUAUGACAGAAGAUUAUAUUUAUGGACAAAAAGAUGUAUUUUAUCUUCAAGCUUGUAAUAUAAAUUAUCAAAAUCAGUCACUAUGUUCGCAUCCAAAUGAUGGUAUGGCUACCUUUUAUAUGCCAAUGACAACAACAACAUCUACGCAAGAAACAAUUUUUCCAUGA